GAAAGCCCAUAAAUGGUACGGAGGAGGUGCCGUUUGCCGGGCUCACCGUGUCCUCUCUCUUCCUCCGCGGGGCGACGGGGAAAAAUAGGGAACUAAAAGUCGAAAAAUCGAGGCGUUAAUAAUUCAGGACUUGUAUCCACCGUUGACGCAAUUUCUUCUGCAAUUCUUCCAAAUCUCUCUACUGCAUCAACAAUUCCACUUCGAUUUCCGCACUAAAGUUCCCGAGUUUUAUCCGCAUCCUUCUGCUCCGCGCCAAUUUGCAGGUUGUAUUAUUGGAUAUUCGAAUCACGAGAAGAUUCAUAGGCGCGUCUUUGAGUUCUCAAAUGGCUGAAAGUUCUUCCAAAGAUGACUUACUCCAGUUGAUCAAGCGCCUCGGGGCUUAUCUCACUGUCAAGAUGUCUGAUUUUUUCCCGAUCUCUACUCAGAAUCUGGAUUCACGGUCUGUUGGGGCAAUUGCUGGAGUUGCUGUUGCAAUAAUUUUCACAUGGAAGCUGUUGGGAUCAUCUAAUGGACAUCAGAGGCGACAACCAAAAAGGCAAACGCCUGCAGCAAGUAGUUCUACUUAUAAUGUUGGGUUAAAUUCAAGUGAACCAUUGAUAUCUUCUGGAGUUUGUUCAUCUUCAGGGGAUUUAAGAGCGCACAACGUUGUUGAUGAAUUCUUUCAGCCGGUCAAGCCGACUCUGGGCCAAAUAGUGAGGCAAAAAUUGAGUGACGGAAGAAAGGUAACAUGUCGUUUGCUUGGAAUAAUUCUCGAGGAAAACAGUCCAGAGGAUCUACAGAAACAAGCCACUGUGAGGUCCUCAGUGUUGGAAGUACUGUUGGAGAUAACAAAAUAUUGUGAUCUUUAUGUCAUGGAAACAGUGCUGGAUGAUGAGAGCGAAAAAAGAGUUCUUUUGGCACUCGAAGAUGCAGGGGUUUUCACAUCUGAUGGUCUAGUCAAAGACAAGGUUCUCUUCUGUAGCAUGGAGAACGGGCGAGCAUCUUUCGUGCGUCAACUGGAACCCGAUUGGCAUAUAGAUUCCAAUCACGAUAUCAUUUCUCAGUUAGCUAGGUUCAUCAAAUAUCAACUUCACGUAGCUCCAAUCAAACACGAGCGAGCUGCUUCUAACGUUUACUGCUCUCCAUCCUUGGAACAGUUCUUUGGAAACAUUUGACUUGAAACCAGUUCAAGAAUGGAAUUAACUUUCAAAUAUAGUUUAUCAUUUUAUUUGGGCCUUGUUGAUUGUUAUUGCAUUUGGUUCUCUUUGGGAACGAAGCAAAGCUCAGUUUGCACUAGGCCGCCGUUGCUGGUGUUAGAUAAGAUAGGUGUACCAUGCUUUUUUCUUUUUUGUGUUUCUGCAAAGAUAUUGUGGUGUCUUUGGCAGAGCAACUUUAUGUCCCAUCAAUAGAUACCUAGUUUAACUGAUGUAAUUUAUUAGAUCUUCUCAGGCAUGACAAAUGCCAUUUGGGUCACCAAUUUUAUGUCACUUUUCUUGGACAAAA